AUGGCGCGACCAGCGAUGGCAACCUGCCCGGUGGCACGGCCCUGCCCCGGCGGCCAGAAGGCAUCGCGGCUAGACCCGGCGCAGCCCUGCCCCGGCGUCGGGCGAGCGGAUCUACCAGCUCCAGCGGCAAGCCCCUGCGAAGUUGCUCUGCCUGGCACAACUUCCCCGCGCGGCCAGCCCCGAAGGCAGUGCUCUGCACGGCUCGCAUUCUUCCCUGACAUCUACGGCAAGGAACCAUGGCGGGUUGGAGGAUUGGAGCUGGGGCGGAGUACGGAGAGGAGCUGGAGAGAAAUGGGGAAGACAGUGAAUUGGGAUGCGCCGCUGUAG